AUGCCUCAAGACCCAAACCUGUACGGGCAACCGGCCCCGAAACGGCAGCGCAAGGAAAUGGACCUCUCGAGCUCCCUCUCCUUUGCCGCUCAGAUGUCGUCGCUUCUCCAAAAGCCCGGCCAGGCCUCGCCUUCCACAUCCUCAUCCGCCAGGCCACGCCCAUCCAAAACAUCCGAGAUCUUCAAAACGAAACGCAACACAACCGAGGCAGUUUCCACGACCGACAAGUCCCGCUCCGGCCGCGCCACCAGCACCAGUAAAAAGGACAAGCUGCGCCUGCGCUCCCCGACGGGCACCUACGACUCUGAGCGCGACCGUGAAGCCGCCCGGCUGAACAUGGAGGAAAAGGCCCGGCGGUACGCCGCCAUGAAGCGGGGCGACUACAUUCCGCCCAGCAACGGCGACCGGGCGCCGCUGGUCGACUUUGACCGCAAAUGGGCCGAAAAGCACCUCGACGAGGCCGGCAACCGCAUCGCCGACGCAUCUUCGUCGUCUUCCUCCUCGGACGACGAUGAUGAUGAUGACGACGACAACAACAACGACACGGAACUGGUGACGUACACGGACGAAUUCGGCCGCGCCCGGCGCGUGACCCGGGCCCAGGCGCGGCGGCUCGAGCAGCGCGCCCGGUCUGGCCUUGCGGCCGCCGCGGAGCUGGUGGAGAUGUCGGCGCGGCCGGCGCCGCCGCAGGGGCUGAUAUUCGGCGACGCGAUCCAGGGCGAGGCGUUUGCGGCGGCUGAUGCCGAGGCCAUGGAGAGUUUGGCGCGGAAGCGGGACCGGUCGGCCACGCCGCCGCCCGCCACGCACUACGACGCGCGGCGGGAGAUGCGCGGCCGCGGCGUCGGCUUCUACUCGUUCACGGCCGGCGACGAGGAGGCCAGGCGCAGGGAGAUGGAAGGGCUGGAGGCCGAGCGGCGCGAGACGGAGAGGGUGAGGGCCGAGAGGGAGGAGAAGGCGCGCGCCAGGAGGGAGGAUGCCGAGAGGAGGAGGCGGGAGAUUGAGGAGCGGAGGAGGCAGGUCGGGGAGAAGAGGGCAAAGAAGCUCGCUGAGAACUUUUUGGAUGGCUUGGGGAUGGACCUUGGUGGCUCUGGGGUUGGUGAUACUGGUGCCGCGGUUGAUCCUGCGGUCAAGGAGCAAAAGGACGGAGGGGCUAAAAAUCCAGACGGUGCUCUGCCCGACGGUGCAAGUAGACCUGGAGGUGGAACCGAGGCAGACGACAGCAAGUAG